CCUGUGGAGGCUGACACCUAAUCGCUUUUGUUUGUGGAAAACGUUUUAGAAGAGGGGGAUUUGUGUUGUGUGUAAUAAGCUUUCCUCAAAUCUUCUCUUCCUUUCCAUCCAAAACGAAAUGAACAAUCUCUAUUCACGGAGAUUCAAGUCCCUUUGAUUCACAAUCUCAACUUUGUUGGUCCGUCCCAAACAAACUCUGGUAAAAUUUUAAUGAUCUUUCUAUAUCCACCGAUCGACGAUCACGAUCUCACAUUGUGAAGAUCUCUACAGUUAUUGAUGUUUGAUCAUCUGUGAUCUUAUUUGGCUUAAGCAUCAACAUCAUUUCUCUCGCUACUCUAUAUCACGAUCGGUGUUCUAUCCCUACUUAGCAUCAAUCAAAGUGAGUUUUAUUAUAUUAACAUUUGGUUGAGAGCAGUGCCCAAUGGAUACUACAACUACAACAUCAAAUAGUAUUGUUAGCCCUUCUACUACGCUACAAAUCUGUAGCAUCAUCCCCGAGAAUCCCCUCGCCGCUAUGGAGUUGCCAUUGCCUUCCUUUCUAUCUCUGAAACGACACUGCCUUGGCAACAACUCUGCUCCUGGAGAGUUCUUCUUGGCUUCUUGUCCUUCCAUUGUCCUUCACCUCCUCACAACAUGCGAUUUAAGCCCUCGUGACCUUGCCAAACUCGAGGCGACGUGUUCCUUCUUUAGGAAGCCUGCAAACUUCUCUCCGGACCUUCAACUCUCCAUCUCAGAGGUCGCAGCUCUCGACAUUUGCCUAAAGAAAUCCAUAUUCGAACGCAUGGGAGAGGAAGACCGCCAAGAGAUCAAAAGGAAGUGCGGAGGCUCCUGGAAGCUUGUCCUAAGGUUCUUGCUUGCCGGUGAAUUAGGUUGCAGACGUGAGAAAUCACAAGCACUCGCUGGUCCUGGUCACAGCAUUGCAGUGACAUCAAAGGGCGUUGUUUACUCUUUCGGAUCUAACACUUCAGGACAACUCGGACAAGGAACUACUGAAGACACUUGGCAGCCUAGACCAAUCAGAUCACUCUCCGGGAUCAGGAUUAUUCAGGCAGCUAUUGGCGCUGAUAGAACAAUGUUAAUAAGCGACGCUGGUGAAGUUUAUGCCUUUGGGAAAGAUUGUUUUAGCCAGCCUGGAUUAGAAGACCAAGAAACUAAGCUCAUUACAUCUCCUCAGCGAGUCAAGUCCCUGACGGAGAUCUUCGUGGUUCAAGCUGCUAUUGGAUAUCAUUUCACAGCGGUUUUGUCUAGAGAAGGUAGAGUCUAUACAUUGUCAUGGGGAAAAGAUGAGAGACUUGGUCAUGGAAGUGACCGUAACUGCGUGUUGCCUCAUCCUUUGUUGGGGCCCUUGGAGAACAUCCCGGUUGUGCAAAUUGCUGCUGGUUUUUGCUAUCUUCUUGCUCUAGCAUGUCAACCUACCGGCAUGUCUUUGUACUCUGUGGGAUGCGGUUUGGGUGGGAAGCUUGGGCAUGGUACACAAACCAGUGAGAAACAGCCUCGGUUGAUAGAGGAGUUCAGUGUUUUGAAGAUGGAACCGGUUAUGAUCUCAGCAGGGACAUGGCAUGCUGCUGCGGUGGGGAGAGAUGGGAGAGUCUGCACGUGGGGUUGGGGUCGGUUUGGCUGCUUGGGUCACGGAACCGGAGAGUCAGAGUUGGUUCCCAAGGUGGUAGAGGGACUAAAAGAUGUUAAAGCGGUCCACGUCGCCACGGGAGAUUACACAACCUUUGUUGUGUCUGAUGAUGGUCAGGUGUACUCAUUUGGUAGUGGAGAGUUCGCCAAUCUUGGUCAGCAGGGGGAUGAGGAUGACAACACACUGAUACCAAACCUGGUUUCGUCGUUGAAGGAGAUAAAAGAGCGUGUGGUUCAUGUGAGUUUGACAAACUCGAUAUCAUGGGGUGGUCAUACGUUUGCAAUGACCGAGUCAGGGGCGGUCUAUGCGUUUGGGACUGGGGACAGAGGACAGCUUGGGGUCGAGCUUGGUGAUAACUUGACGGAAAGAGCGGAACCGGCUAAAGUUGUCGGUAUUGAUCUUUCUUAGAGAUGGUGAAAGAAACCCAUCUUCUUAGUUUAGGUUUUGCAUCACCAUUGAUCUUUCCUACUAAUGUUUUAAUGAAGUGAUUGUACAUAGUAAUUUAGUAACAUGAAGGUAAUGAUGACAUGUAAGAAUUGUUAGAUGGUUUAUGUUACUUUUGUUAGUUUAACCGACGAAUUAAGGAAACAAAUAAAUGUUUCUUUAGAUG